GAGCGCGCUGGCCCGGCCCACCCGGGGCGGUUGUGGUUGCUAUAUAUAAGGUGGGGAGGCCGCCGGCCCGUUGGGUUCCGGGCGUUACCAUCGUCCGUGCGCACCGCCCCACGUCCAGGUGAGUCUCCCAUCUGCGGAGACGCGGACGCUCCGGCCCGCGGUUGGCUUGCGGAGCGCAGGGGACGGUUUGGCGCCCACCAGGUGAUCCGUACUUUGGAUUGUUAAUUUCUAGAUUUGGCAAUUCUUCGCUGAAGUCAUCAUGAGCUUUUUCCAACUCCUGAUGAAAAGGAAGGAACUCAUUCCCUUGGUGCUGUUCGUGAGUGUGGCGGCGGGUGGAGCCUCGUCUUUUGCUGUGUAUUCUCUUUGGAAAACCGAUGUGAUCCUUGAUCGAAAAAGAAAUCCAGAACCUUGGGAAACCGUGGAUCCUACUAUACCGCAAAAGCUUAUAACAAUCAACCAACAAUGGAAGCCCAUUGAAGACCUGCAAAAGGUCCGAAGGGCGACCAAAUGACCAGCCCUCGCCUCUUUCUUCCAAAGAGUACUCUAUAAAUCUAGUGGAAACAUUUCCGCACAAACUAGAUUCUGGACACCAGUGUGCGGAAGUGCUUCUGCUGCAUUUUUAGGGUUUGUCUGCAUUUUUUGGGCUCCAGAUAAGGAAUUAAAGGAGCACAGCAAUAACUGCAUUGUCUAAAAGUUUGUGCUUAUUUUCUUGUAAAUUUGAAUGUUGCAUAUUGAAAUUUUUGUUUAUGAUCUAAGAAUGUUUUUCUUAAAAAUUUAUAAAGCUUUGUAAAUUAGAUUAUCUGUCAUAAAAUGCCAUUUGUGCAAGAUUUCUCAAAGAUUAGAUAUAUAUUUAAAUGGAAGAGAAAAUGUUUUUAUGGGAGAAAAAUACAUUUGAACCAUUAAAUUUCAUCUUUUAAAUAACAUCCAGUACAGAUUUCUG